AUGUGUAAUGGGUCAACUAAUGUAAGAAUUGCAGGGUACAUGGAACAUAUACAUAAACAAGAAAAUGAAGUAAUAGUUGCUCACUGUCCUGAUUAUAAAAAUGUAGUCAAAUCUCCUAUAAUGUCUACAGAUAAAUCUUUAAUCAAUGCUUUAUUAAAACAAGAGGAGGCCGAGGUGGAAAUUAUUAUCCAGAAAAUCAAAGAAAAAAUAAGUAGCGCAGGGUUAAAUUGUAGAUUAUUACGACUAACUGGUGAUGCCGGUAAUGCUAUUGUAAAAACAGCUGAAAAUGAGAAGGCUGAUUGCGUUGUGACUGGUACGAGAGGUUUGGGAACUGUUAGACGAACCUUACUAGGCAGUGUUAGUGACUAUAUAAUCCAUCAUUCACAUGUGCCGGUACUAGUUUGUGGACACAAGAAAUAA